AUGGCUCCAAAUACCAUCUCCGCCCUCGGUAUGGCGCUCAACGGCAAAUCCGCCUGCGUCGAUAUUCCAAAGCCGCGCGAGGCCACGCAGGGCCGGGACAACUUUACUGUUGCACCGGCUGCUUCCUCCAAGAAGCAUCCUGGCAUGCUACCCACUCCUCCCAACUCCAUCUCCCCUAAUCUUCCGCCUCAUGGCCGUCGCCCGAGCGAUCAUCAUGGCCCCAUGUCGCCGAAAAGUACUCAGCUGGAUUCGGAUAUUGAUUUGCAAGAUGCUCCUGGCAACCCGCAACCGACCGCGCUGAGCGCCGAGGCUCUGGAUAGCUUGGGUGACUUGGACAACGCCGGGGCUAUUACCCCCGGCAUGUUGGCCAAGCAUCAUUUGCCUGAUAUCCUUUUGUCUCAUGGUCCUCUCGCCAUCCGGCACAUCAUGGGCUACCUGACAACCUCGGUGCCGGGUUUUUCACGCAUCACUUCCGCCAAAGCCCGUCGCUUGGUUGUCGCCGCGCUUGAAGGCAAGGGUGGUGGUCCGGAAAAUACGGGCCGCGACGGCGAUGUCAUUUUCGAGAAGGUUGGCUGGGGAAGAUGGGAUGCUCGUCUCAAGGGUCACCCACCAAGAGAGCGUCAAGGGUCUGCCAUGACUCCCCCAGGCAGUCUGCCAUCGUCUUACUCCCAAAUCGGACUGCAAGUACCCGGCCAACGGUCCUGGCGUACCGCGUCCGACAAUUACGGGACCAGCUACACCGGAAAUUCCGCCAUCUUUUCUCACUCGGAAAUGGAAUACGAGGACCAAGAUAUGCUGGAACACGAAGCCGACAAGAUGUCUUUAGAUGGCAACGAAGACGGCUAUGUGUCGUCCGUCGCCCCCGAACCUCUUGACGUGGAUCUCGGAGACGGAGAGAUCACUGACGAGGAAGAUUGGGCUAGCAUCGGCGCUGAGGCACUUCGUGCAAGAUCACUUCCCAACGCUGCCCGGUCUAUUCCUGGGACUGGCCGUCUCUAUCAACCCAUCGCGACUUACUCAUAUCAGCCGAGAUAUCGAUCCAAGACUCCCGCUGAGAUCGCUCACACCGCCCCAAGCGACCCUAAGCCUGUUAACCCUCCCCACUCGUUCUCGAUGCCCAAUGGCGCUGGCGUCAACAACUCCCAGGAAAGAGCUGCUAUUGAGGCACUCUUGAGUCUUGGGUCGAUGUAA